UCAGUCUAAGAUGAUACUAAACAUUUGGUACUAAAGCUUUUAAUUAUGAUGAAACUCCUUUAUGUUGUUCUGCUGAGAUGAUUUGUGUUUUCCUAAAGCCAGAAUUCAUCAUGACAACUGUAACAGUGACAACAGAAGUUCCCCCAAGAAGUAAGACAGAAGACGACUCUGUCUUGUAUGGAUCUACGCCAGCUCACAUUAUUGAAGAAACCGAGUAUGUGAGAAAGAUCCGAACUACCCUGGAAAAGAUCCGAAAUCACAUGUUUAAAGAUGAAGAAGGACACAGCAAUGCCAGUCACAAACUAGACACAGAGAGAACUGGGAAGAUUCAGAAUGGCUCAGCUUCUACAACAGACCCCACCUGUUUGGACUUGCUCAUGGAAAACAUGAGAAGGAAAGAUCAGCAGCUCCUAGAAAUGAACAAAGAGAAUGAAGUGUUGCAAAUCAAGCUAGAAGCUUCCAGAGAAGCAGGAGCAGCAGCAUUGAGAAACGUGGCCCAGAGAUUAUUUGAUAACUACCAAACACAGUCUGAAGACAUGAAGAGAAGGCAUAAGGACAGUAAACAUUUACUUCAGGCCAACAACCUUGAAAAAGAGCAGACAUUAAAGCAACAUGAUAAAAAUCUAAGUGAACUCUCAGAAACACUUGAAGAAAAGCAUGUUCAAAUCAUAGGGCUGGAGAACCGUGUUCAGAGGAUGGAAAAUGAAAAGAAAAUACUCUUAGAGAGAAAAUUGUGUUUGGAAAGCAAGCUGCUACAACUCAAGUCCAGUGCUGCGCAUUCCAAAAGCUGCCGGGAUCUUCAGAUGGAGAUUUCCACCCUCCAGGAGCAGAUCUGUCACCUGCAGUUUGUGAUUCACUCCCAGCACCAGAACCUGUACAGCACCAUCCAGGAGAUGGAAGGACUAAAACAUACUUUAAAGGAACAAGAUAAAAAAAUUGAAACCUUGAAAGAAAAGGUCAACACACUUGAAGCCCAGAAUAAAGAACUUAAAACCAAGGUGGCACAUUGGACGCAACCUCCUAGGAUAUCAGUAUCUAAGGCUGUGUCUACAAGCGAAUUGAAGACUGAAGGUGCUUCUCCCUACCUGAUGUUGAUUCGGCUACGGAAAUGA